AUGGCGAUCCAGAAGAUGAAGAAGGCCGAGCUGCAGAGCAAGCUCAGGGAGCUGGGCGAGGAACCGCCCACCAAGUGGACCAACAAAGAGCUGGCCCAGCGCAUCUUGGAGAUCGAGCCGUCUCUGGGAGAGAAGAAGGGCAAGCAGCGCACCGAUCUCCAGACGAAGAUCAAGGAUCUGGGUGUGGCGGCGCGCAAGAAAAGCACGCUAACCACGUUCUGCAAGGAGAUCGGGGUGGACCUCAGUGGGAACCACAACAUGUGGUCCAUGGAACAGGACUGGGUGUUGAAGACGGCGGCAAGCUCGACGUCGACCGCGGACUACCGUCUCCUUCGCCUGGCAUCCUGGUUGGAGCAGCAGACCACCGAGGAGAUCGAGCUGUACAAGACCCAGGAGCAGCCAAAGAAGGCAGCACCCAAGGCCAAGGGAUAUCCGGGUCCAGCAGCCAGCUCAUCGACCGAGGUGCCGACGGAGCUCCUCCAGAGUAUGAUGCAGUCCCUGCAGAGCCUACAGCAGGAGGUGAUGGAGAUGCGCGCAGAGCGGCCACGCAAGGAGGUGCGCGGCAAAAGCAUGGAGACCAAGACGGCCGAGCCGGAUGUAUUAGCCUCAGAGCCUGGACCGGGAACUGAGGAGAAGGGUCUGUACCUCAGUAAGGAAUCCGCCUCCCACUUAGAGAACAAGGCCUGGACCCUAGUUCCUCAGCUCUUUCAGGAUCUAGUUUCUCAGUCCCGGCCCAUUCUCUUAGAAGUGACCGGCUCCUCAGAGGGCCAGUUAGCACAAACUGUGCAAGAUGAAGUGGGGCAGGCCCAUGCGGCCAUCCGGUGCGGAGACUGGAAUGGUCAUGAUCUUAGCACAGACGCGGGAGUCCGCAGUCUUUUGGAAAAGAUUGCCACGCUCCAACCGCUACAUGUGUGGAUCAACCCUCCUAGCGCAGCCUUCAGUCCCUACCAGAAUGCCAAUCAGAGGAAGGGAUGGAAGCUCCUUACGACGCACCAGCUCGCCGAGCUGCUACACGCCCUUGACGACGAACCGGACGACGACGACACGGCGCUGUACUGCCAAGGGGAGCUGGACAACCACAACGACGAUGCCUACCCCAACUGUGUCCUAGGGCGACACCAGAUGGCCAAGAACGAGUCGGCCAGCGAUGGGCCCUCCGGAGGCGCAAGGUACACCCCGAAGUUCUCGAACUGGCCCAGAGUUUCCAGUGCCCGGUGUGUCAAGAACGUAGCAGAGUCCAACCACGAACAUGUUCAAUUCAUGAUGAUUGUGGAUGAGGGAUCAAGAUUUCGAGCCGCGAGAGUGCUCACGUCAGGGCUGAAGCAGCAGCCUUCAGCAGCAGCAUGCCUAGAGUACUUACGCGAUGGCUGGAUCCCAUACUUUGGAAGCCCCCAGACCAUUCGUCUGGAUCCGGCAGGUGCCUUUCGGGGCUCUGCACUAGAAGACUUCUGCGAUCGACACCAGAUAUAUCUAGAUGUGAUUCCAGGCAAGGCGCACUGGAAGCUGAGUGCAGUCGAGCAGGCCGUCCAGGGUGUCAAGAGCUUGAUGGGCAAACUGGUGUCAGAGGAUCCUGAACUCGAGACUCGGGAGGCACUUGCAACGGCCAUCCGAACCUUUAACCAACGUGAGAUCAUCAGAGGUUUUUCCCCAGUGCAGCAUGCGCUAGGGCAGAGUCCCGACGCCUCGGGAAGGAUGGAUUUUUCCGGCAAGGCGGUACCACCAGAGUUAUUGAUCGAGAACCCCAACGGCGAGUUCAGCCGCAAUGUGGAGCGACAGCGUGUGGCUGAGCAAGCUUUAGCCGAUUGGCAGGCGCAGCAGCGGCUGUCGAGAGCUCAGAGCUCUCGGGGGCGACGAGUGUUGAACUUCACACCGGGUGAGCUAGUGUACUUCUGGAGAUCACAAGUGAGCGGGCAAUCCCGCAAGCAACCGGGAGACAAGAAAGGACAGUUCUUAGGACCGGCCAGGAUACUGGCGACGGAGACAAAGCGGAACGAGGACGGCACCUUGCAACCCAGUUCAUCGGUUUGGCUGGUGAGAGGACGCAGCUUGAUCAAGUGUGCAGCGGAACAGGUCCGUCGCGCAUCCAACCGCGAGGAGCUCAUCGAAUCCCUGGACCAAGGCAACCAAGUGCCCUGGACCUUCACCCGGGUUGCUGAGGAAAUCGGAGGGAAUCGUUAUCAGGAUGUGACUGAAUCGGUUCCUGAAGAUGAGUGGUUUCGUGCGCAAGACGUUGAACAGGCCGAGCCACCAGUGCGGCGACGAGUGGGACACAAGCGGCCCCUGGAGCCAGCAACUAGCGCGAGACCAUUGGAACAGGCAGCGGCAACGCCGCAGCCUUCAUCCCAUCGAGCCCGGCCUUAUCCGCCUACGAGGUCGGAGCAGGGUCACCAAUGGUGGUCAGACGUGCAGGACGCCAUGUGGGGCGAGGAGCUCAACUACUGGGCCGAUGAGGCGGCUGCAGUGAGUGUGGAGUUGGAGCUGCCAACAGGACAGAAGCAGCUGCAGCAAGCGUGCCGGGACCUGCCAACCUACUUUGUCGGAUGCAUGAAACGACGAGCCAUUGAGGUCAGCGAGAAGCGGAUGUCUGAUGAAGAGCGCAAGCUCUUCAGAGAGGCCAAGAUGAUCGAGGUCAAGAACUUUGUCGCGGCGAAGGCCUUCGAGACGCUCCCGGAGGCCCUCAAGCCACCAAAGGAGGUUGCUGUUGGCAUGCGAUGGAUCUUGACUUGGAAGGUGAAGGAGGACGGCACAUCCAAGCCGAAGGCGAGAGCGGUCCUGCUCGGGUAUCAAGACCCGUCAUAUGAACACCGUGCCACUACGGCACCUGUCAUGACGCGUCAGACACGACAACUUGUAUUGCAGGUCGCAGCCAACAAAGGUUGGUCAGUUGCCAAGGGCGACGUUUCAGGAGCAUUCUUGCAAGGCCGCGAAUACCCCGACAGACUCUAUUGCAUACCUUGCCCUGAGAUUUGCGAAGCAUUACAGAUACCAGCUGAAUCAAUCACACGCUUGCGCCGCGCCUGUUACGGCCUGGUGGACGCGCCAUUGGAAUGGUACAAGACAGUUGACGAGUUCUUGACAGAACAAGGCCUACAGCGUUUGUGGUCAGAUGCUUGCUGCUGGGUUUUGCGGGACAAUGACCAGGUGGUUGGCCUCAUAUCAGGUCAUGUAGAUGACUUCCUGUUUACUGGUUGUGAAGCGAAUGAAAAAUGGAAGCGAGUCAUUGAGGCCAUUCAGAAGCGUUUUAAAUGGGGCGAUUGGGACCGGGACGAUUUCGUCCAAUGUGGGGUGCAAAUCAAACGAGUGAGCGACGGCUUUGAGUUGACCCAGGUCCGCUACAUUGAAACCUUGAAAGAGAUCCCCAUUUGUGCUAGUCGUAAGAAACAGGAUACUGAAGCCACCACAGACAGAGAGAAGAGCCAACUUCGGGCUCUCCUCGGAGGGCUCUCCUGGCAUGCGCAGCAAAUUGGGCCACACCUGAGUGCUGAGGUCAGCUUACUGUUGUCUGAGGUAUCGCAGAGCCAGGUCUCCACAAUCAGCAAGGCAAAUGCUUGCCUCAGGCGAGCCCGGGCUCACAAGACGCAUGCAAUGAAGAUACACGCUUUUACGCAAGGCGAGGAGCUUGGCAUGUUCGGUUGGGUCGAUGCCGGGAACCAGAAUAGGAUAGAUGGUUAUAGUACUCAGGGCAUCUUCAUUGGCCUGGCACCCGUGACGAUGCUCCAAGGAUCAUUGUGUCGCGUCACACCUGUGGCGUGGCACAGUAACCGCAUCGACCGCGCUUGCCGGUCUCCCGGAGCCUCUGAGGCCCAAGCGGCGGUGAACGGUGAGGACGCUUUGUUCUUCGCCCGCUACCAACGGUACGAGAUUAUGCAUGGAUGCGUGGACGUAAGGGCCCCAGCUCAGGCAGUGCGUCAGAUCUCAGGUUGUCUCAUUACAGACAGCCGGAAUGUGUACGACCGUUUAAAUACGGCUGUGCUCAGCAUCAAGGGUGCUGAGAAGAGGACAAACAUCGAAUUGAUUGCCCUUAAGGAGAGUCAGGAGCAGACAGGACUCAUCAUGCGAUGGGUCCAUUCGGAGGCCCAACUUGCAAACGCUUUGACGAAGGCAUCCACGUGUCGAGAACUGGAGUUAUACUAA